AUGGAACAAACUGACCCAGAGACGUUGGUGAAGAAAGAUGAGAAUCCAGAUGAAGUGGUCCCCGAACUGAGUUUAGGAAAUGGGGGAGAAGUAGUUAAGGCAUCUCAUGAAUCUCUGGUUACUGAUGUUGAAUGGGAAUGUAAAAUCAUCCCCAAAGCUGGCAUCUCUGCUUCAUCUUCUGGAUGGCCUCCCUUUGAUGACAUCAAAUCAUCUUCUCUCACUCAUUCUCUAUCAGCAAAAGAGCAAGCAACUGUGGCAGUGUUGCAAUUACAGCACAAAGCAUUAGAAGCUUGUCAGAAAUUCUUAGCUGGGAAUGCUGGUUCUGAUGGUGACGAAGGUGAUGACAAUAACGAAGAUGAAGACGAGUUGAUAGAUAAUUUUGAUCCUAAAGAAUGUGAGGAGUAUAAGUUCUUUGAAAAAGUGUUUGCAGAAGAUGGUGAGUUGAGGAGUUAUUAUGAGAACAAUCAUAGGGAAGGAGAUUUCUAUUGUUUGGUUUGUGGAGGUAUAGGGAAGAAGGUAUGGAAGAGGUUUAAGGACUGUAAUGCACUAAUUCAUCACUCCACUUCCAUACUAAGGACAACAAGGAAACGAGCUCACAGGGCCUAUGCACUGGUGAUCAGCAAAGUUGUUGGUUGCAACAUUGAUCAAUUGCCAGCAAUUGUGUUGAAGGAUUUGGAUUCCUCCUUGGAAGGUUCAAGGAAGCUUUUGGGUUUUGAGAAGGAAGGUGAUAAUCUAGAUGGAAAGGUCUCAGAACCGAGUUCAGAAAAUGGAGGAGAAAUAGUUAAGGAAUCACAUGAAUCUCUGGUUGCUGAUGCUAGAUGGGUAUCUGAAAACCCCAAUGCUACUUUCUCUUCUACAGCUUCAGGAUGGCCUUCCUUUAAGGACAUCAAAUCAUCUUCUCUCACUUAUUCUCUAUCAGCAGAAGAGCAAGCUACUGCAGAAGUGCUGCAAUUGCAGCACAAAGCAUUAGAAUCUUGCCAGAAGUUCUUAGUUGGUGAUACUGGUUCUGACGGUGAUGAAGAUGGCAAACAUGAUAUAAGCUCUGAUAGUGAAAAUGAGGAAGAGGAGGAGGAAGAAGAUGAGUUGGUAGAUAAUCAUGACUCUAAAGAAUGUAAGGAGUAUAAGUUCUUUGAAAAGGUGUUUGAAGAAGAUUAUGACUUGAGAAAAUAUUAUGAGAACAAUCAUAGGGAUGGAGAUUUUUAUUGUUUGGUUUGUGGAGGUAUAAGGAAGAAGGUAUGGAAGAGGUUCAAGGAUAGCAUUGCACUGAUUCAGCACUCCACUUCCAUACUUAGAACAAAAAGGAAGCGAGCUCACAGGGCCUAUGCACAGGUCAUCUGCAAAGUUGUUGGUUGGGACAUUGAUCAAUUGCCAGCUAUUGUGUUAAAGGAUUUGGAUUCCACCCCAAAGAAGCUUUUGGUUGAACCCAAAAAACCUGCUGUGGGAUGUAUUGAUGAUUCAAAUGCUGAACCUGAUAAUUCUACUGAUAAUCGUAUUGAUGAUUAG